UAGGCUGGCAGACUUCCUUCAAUAUUAUUUCUGGGGAGCAGGGUAAAAGUACUAAAAAAUGUUGCCGAUCCACAACCCGGGGACGGACUGAAUGGAGGCGCCGCUGACAGCCAGUGGAGACCAUAAAUCCGUCUACGGCCACCCGCGACAGUCUCCGAGCGGCUUGUUGAGUUCUCCAUAAGCGUCCAGCCCUCGGUCUCCCCAUGCCUCCAUCUCCCCUUGACGACAGAAUUGUGGUGGCGCUGCCAAGGCCGAUCCGACCUCAGGAACUCCAACUGCGCCUGGACACCAGCUACCUGGACUCCAUCACCACCAGCAGCAGCAGCAAGACCGUCAUCAGCACCACCGUGGUGAAGAUCCGGGCGACGGCCAAUCUUGUGACGUAUAUGCCCUCAUCCAAGGGCUCCACGCGCUCGUUGUCGUGUGGAUGCAGCAGUGCCAGCUGCUGCUCUGUGACUACCUAUGAGAAGGACAGCCAGAGCCUCAGCCACAGCCAGGUGAGCGCCAGCAGCCCCAACCUCAGCUAUGCUGGGCCCCCCAACUCUAUGGUCAGCAACCACGAAGCGUUGAGCGCCCCCAGUCUCGCCCCGGGCACGCCGAAGGCCCUGUCCGCCCUGAGGGUCAUCCACCCCAAUGAGCUGGCCAAGCGGAUGACCUGCUGCCCCAUGGGCCACCCCGUGGGGCCGGUGCCGGUCAUCAUCGACUGCCGGCCCUUCAUGGAGUACAACAAGAGCCACAUCCGGGGCGCCGUGCACAUCAACUGCUCCGACAAGAUCAGCCGGCGGCGGCUGCAGCAGGGCAAGAUCACCGUGCUGGACCUGAUCUCCUGCCGCGAGGGCAAGGACUCUUUUAAGGGCAUCUUCUCCAAAGAGAUUGUGGUUUACGACGAGAGCACCACGGACCCCAACCGGCUCACGUCCUCCCAGCCUCUCAACGUGGUCCUGGACUCGCUGAGGAGGGAAGGCAAGGACCCCAUCAUCCUCAAAGGAGGCCUUAGCUGCUUCAGGCAGUCCCACGAGAACCUGUGCGAGCACUCGCUGCACCUCCACGAGGGCCUGGACGCCGGGGCCGCCUCCGGCCUGACGGGGGCUCUACCUCACUCCCUGCCCUCCACCCCGGACAUCGAGAACGCCGAGCUCACGCCCAUCCUGCCCUUCCUCUACCUGGGGAACGAGCACGACGCCCAGGACGCCGGCCUGCUGCAGCGCCUCAACAUCGGCUACAUCCUGAACGUGACCACCCACCUGCCGCUGUACCACUACGACUCGGGCCUCUUCGUCUACAAGCGCCUGCCUGCCACCGACAGCAACAAGCAGAACCUGCGCCAGUACUUCGAGGAGGCCUUUGAAUUCAUCGAGGAAGCACAUCAAGCAGGUAUGGGCCUUCUGAUCCACUGCCAGGCAGGCGUGUCUCGUUCCGCCACCAUCGUGAUCGCUUACCUGAUGAAGCACACCUGGAUGACCAUGACGGACGCCUACAAGUUCGUCAAGACCAGGCGGCCCAUCAUCUCCCCGAACCUCAACUUCAUGGGCCAGCUGCUGGAGUUCGAGGAGGACCUGAACAACGGAAUAACGCCACGGAUCCUCACGCCCAAGCUGAUCGGCGUGGAAACCGUCGUGUAGGCAGGCCUUCGCUCUGCCGGCCAGUUUUCGGGGGCGCGAUCGGCGUCGAGCCGCUGCGCUCCUCUUGAAUCUCCUCACGCUCGUCUCGGACUCUUCAGAGCGCCGAAGCUCUGGGUCGAAGAGAAAUGCCAAAAAAAAAAAAAAAAAACCCUACUGUCUGGACCUGGCUGAAGUCCUGGAGGAGAGGGCGAGUCGGAGGGGGAGGAGGAGGAGGCGGUCAACGGGAGGCUUUCCAUUUUGAGGCCGCGCUACGUGAAGGAAGAAGAAAAUCGGUUUGGAAGAGAUACCCUCCGUGCUUUAGGGGUAGUUACUGACAAGAGAAACUCUUAAAGCUCACACUGUGGCACACAGUUCAUGCUUGCAGGCAGGGUUGGCCACAGCAGUGCCUGACAUAAAAAAAAAAGGAAAAAAAAGAAAAGGAAAAAAAGGUUAAAAAAACAAAAAGAUGAAGACUUGUUUGGUGUGUUUAAUGUUGUUGUUCUAUUUUUAUACAGGGGUUUAUGGGGAUGACCAUGACGAGCCCGCAGUGGCUUACUGUGCAAUAAUUUCAGAGUGGAAUGCAACUGAGACCUCGGUCUUGUGUGUAUAUAUCGGUGAUGAUUACAAAACAUUUCCAGCUCUUUGCUGAAGUACCACUUUGAUGUUAAUGUAUUUACUGUCGUUCAGUUCGAUGCGUUCAAAUUUACGGUGCAUACAGUUUGUUAUCUGGCGCGGAUGUGUACAAGAGACAGAAAUGGGGUUUUUAGUUGAUGAGUGCAGCUUUUUGAGUUUUGAGAACCAUACAUUUAUACUCUGAUCGUUCAUUUUUGCCAUUCCCAUGUCCACAGAUGCAUUUAUUUUAUGCAAUAUACGAAAUACCAGACAGCCACCAAAGCUGUGUUUCCGAGCAUGGCUGUUGGCAGAGGCUAUUUUUGACGUUUAAUGUAAAACACAUCGGAGGGAUUUCACAGCCUGCUUUCGUCUCUUUGCUUACUUUGUUUCCUUUGUUUGCUCAAGUCCAUCUCCGAGCCGGCUUUGUUUUGAUGUUUAAUGUUCUUGUCGUUGCCCUGCGUUUCUGUUCGAGCUCUGAUUUCGCCAUUUCUUAAGGUAGCAGAGGUACAGACUUUUCAAAACAAAUGUACACUUUCUGAUUUACAAAGCGGAGCGCUGUGACUCCUUUGGCGACGCCAACGCUUAAAGCUCCGGUUGGAGGGAGCCCCCUCUGCCAUGCGCUGCUGUCACGUGCUGCUCGAGUGCCUCUAUCAAUGCCUUAAAUAACGUCGUCACCACUGAGCCUGCGCACGGUUCACCAUCACGUGCAGACGAACGCCGAGGUCCAGUUUCAGCUACCCAGACACAAGCGCCCGCCUCUGCGCGUCGCUGCACAUCUGAGUCUUUUAAGGUUAAUCAAUAUGCAGAACUUUACCAAACUACAUCCAGAGAUACUAAAAAUAAUAAAAAGAUAUAUGCUUGUUAUGUAAUGUUGAUCAAGAGGUGGCAUUUGCAGGAGCACCACCGUGAAUUGUAAAUCAACUUGGCACUAAAACAGCCCUGUCGUCCAGACUAUAUGCAGCCGGAGGGUUUACGUUCCUCCCGCGUCUAAAUAUACUCACCCCUGACCUAUAUUGCAGCAAAUACAUGUAUAUAUUUUUAAAGAGCGUUGGGGGGGGGGGGGGGGGGAGGAAAAGACGCUCUCGCUUGCACGGGUUACGUCUUCGUCUGUGUGUUCUCGUCUAAGCUGCAGAUUUCUGUAUCGUUGAUGCACAGAUUCUAAAUUUUCUACUUCUCCCCCGGGUUGGUUUUUACACAUUUGAUUGUCGCAUUUGUUUUAAUGAUUAAAGAUAUUAAAGUUUUAAAACUACCUUGGGUGGGAUGCAUGCGUUUUCAGCCUUUUCAGCCACCCCUGAAGAACCGAGCACACAGUGGUAAAGACCUCUUCCAGAGAAGACUGUGUGCAUGGCCAUAAGAACUCGGCUUUUCACGUUUUUUUUUUCUUUUUCAAAAUAAUGUUGUUGUGAGAAAUGUCCAAAAUUUUAACCUUCCUUUUUGACUGAAGCAAAAGAAGCCUUGCUUUUGCCUCGAAAAUCACACAUCAUUAAUCUACUUCUUUGUUCCCAAAGAAACUCAAGGGCUGUCAAGGUUUUCCAACACAAAACAGCUCGCUAAUAUCUGAACCGCAUUUAGAGUUUUCGCUGCCCCAAAAUCAGCAUUUUGCGUUUUUUUUUUUUCCUCCUCCAAAAAGCUGAUUGAAGCAGAUUAUUAUCCUAAUUCUCUUUUAUGUUGUUGUUCUCCUGGUUUCUGUUCAGCUCCCCAUUGUUUGCAUGAAAAACAAAAAAAAAGUGAAAUGAAGCACAGGGCUAAAAAUAAUCACUGUCAAAGCACUAAAACCAACAUGUGUGUUGUAAUAUGCUCAAUAUGAAUGAUUAUAUCUUCAAAACGGAACCCAAAUGUUCGGAAGGAUUCAUCUGUCUGUCAUUGACAUGAAGGAGAGCGCGAGUUUCCAGAAACGAUGCAAGUCGGUGAGUCGGCUUUACAACAUUCACAACAAUAAGCUUGAAGAAUCCCUCAUGUGAAAAUCCACGCUAUGCAAAAUUGAUAGGUCGCUUCCAGUGAUCAGAAAAACGGUGCGGUGAUUUGUCUGCAAACAUCCUGAGCAUGAGAAGCACGUUUGCAGCCUCGGAUUUAACUGUGACUCAUUAAGGAGUUUUAAAAAAAUGGCGUACGGACUUUUUCUGACUUGUCGUCGUCGCUGGCGUCUACUGGUGCCUCUCAACAUACGGUGCAUCUCAAAAAGUUUGAAUACGUUAAAAGACAGUGUUGCCAGGUCUGAUGCUUUGUUGCCACGUUGAGCUAGUUUUCAGAAUGUUCGAAAACAAAAGCUUCCUGAGACAAAUUGUGACUUUUUUGUGUUUUCGGAGCUGUGAAGUAGCAUUUCUCUGUCUUCUCAGUGGGCAGUCCUGUGGCUCCUCCUCCUCUUUGUAUUUGUUUGAUGACACCAUAGCAGUUAAAAUCCAAUAAAUAUGAGAAUCCUUGAAUUAUUAAUUGUAAUUACGAGAUUUAAUAAUUCAUAACUUUGUGAUUGUGAUCAACCUGCUGGACGUUUUUGUGAACCGUGAAAGGUUCAGUUUUCACUAGUGAUCUGCAUAUCGAUACCAAAAUAUCAACUUCCUUUAUCACUCAUGUCUGUUAUUUUGAUAUUUACAUUACUCUUAGUGUUUUUUGUCAUCAUAAAGGCCAAAAUUAAUCUCAUCUUUCUAAUUAAGGUCCUAUUUCCUGCUGCUUUUCAUUACUUCUCCUUCUAGAUGUGAUUAAUGCCAAACACGCCACGAGCACAGCCCUGGAGCUUAGAUACAGAAUGAGACAGUCAGAAGUUUACUUGGUGUUGCACAUCACCAGUUACCACACGACAUGUCUGACAUAGUCUGUUGUGACAAAUGUUUCCGAGCCUGUUUGGUUGAAUUUUCAGCUGCGCCUUCCUCGGGACAGAUGGAGGACACGUUUAGUUUAAUGCAACAGUGAGUCGGAUCGGCUUCGGAUUGCCGGCGUGACGGAUUUUGGUUUUGAUGGGUGUGCGGUAAUUUAUCCCAAUUUAUCUUGAUUUUUAGCCUCCAACAUGAUAAACUAGCCUUUCUCACUUGGUCCUCAUACAACACUGUUCACUCAAAAUAGUAGUAAUAUGUGGAAAUUGUGAAGUUUUGGUGACUUAUAGGACGGCCAGUAGCUACUUUGAUCACUGAAGAGUAGAGUCUAUAGUGUUCUCCUUACUGAUUAAAUAUUAAAUAUACAUAAAAUAUUUUGAAAAUCAAUUUGAAAUUAUCAGAUGCUUUUUCCCUGUUUAAAACUUUUAAAAAUAUCUGCAGAAAUAACCCACAAAACAGCUUUUUUUUUUUCUUCAAUUUUUUUGCGAUGCACCUGUAUCUGGGUAUGACUAAGACAAUUUCUAAUAACCAUUUACCACGUUUGAAGCUUGUGCAUUUAUAUUCAGUGGUUACUAUUUGCAAAAAAAAAAAAAAAAAAAAAAAGAAGGAAAAAAAGAGUUUAUCAUCUGAGCCAACGUUGUAUGAG